AUGGAGGGACUGGAGAUCUCAGGGCAGUCUGUGGGGAGGGGGCAACCCUGGCAAUUUGUUUCUGAGUCUGAGGUCCUGGAUAUCUCAUACUACCGCCUCUGCCUCUCAGCAGCCCUGACGUCACACCCUGGGGGCGGGGAGCGCGGAGCGCUGCGCCGCCUGCUGCCGCCGCUGCUGCUCCUGCUGCUGCCACUGCCCCCCCGCGCCCGGGCCAAGUACGUGCGGGGCAACCUCAGCUCCAAGGAGGACUGGGUGUUCCUGACGAGAUUUUGCUUCCUCUCCGAUUACGGUCGACUGGACUUCCGUUUCCGUUAUCCGGAGGCCAAAUGCUGUCAGAACAUCCUCCUCUAUUUUGAUGAUCCAUCCCAGUGGCCAGCUGUGUACAAGGCAGGGGACAAGGACUGCCUGGCCAAGGAGUCAGUGAUCAGGCCGGAGAACAACCAGGUCAUCAACCUCACCACCCAGUAUGCCUGGUCAGGCUGUCAGGUGGUGUCAGAGGAGGGCACCCGCUACCUGAGCUGCUCCAGUGGCCGCAGCUUCCGCUCAGUGCGUGAGAGGUGGUGGUACAUCGCGCUCAGCAAGUGCGGGGGAGAUGGACUGCAGCUGGAGUAUGAGAUGGUCCUCACCAACGGCAAGUCCUUCUGGACUCGACACUUCUCAGCUGAUGAAUUUGGCAUCCUAGAGACGGACGUGACCUUCCUCCUCAUCUUCAUCCUCAUCUUCUUUCUCUCCUGUUAUUUUGGAUAUUUGCUAAAAGGCCGACAGUUGCUCCACACGACUUACAAAAUGUUCAUGGCUGCAGCAGGAGUGGAGGUCCUGAGCCUCCUGUUUUUCUGCAUCUACUGGGGCCAGUAUGCCACCGAUGGCAUUGGCAAUGAGAGUGUGAAGAUUCUGGCCAAGCUGCUCUUCUCUGCCAGCUUCCUCAUCAGCCACUCAGGCUCCGUGAAGCUGUCCGUCUACAUGACCCUGUACACCCUCACCCACGUGGUGCUGCUGAUCUACGAGGCUGAAUUUUUCGACCCAGGCCAGGUACUGUACACAUAUGAGUCGCCGGCCGGCUACGGGCUCAUCGGGCUGCAGGCGGCAGCCUACGUGUGGUUCUGCUACGCCGUGCUCGUCUCCCUCCGCCACUUCCCUGGGAAGCAGCCUUUUUACGUGCCCUUCUUUGCGGCCUACACCCUGUGGUUCUUUGCGGUUCCUGUCAUGGCCCUGAUUGCCAAUUUUGGGAUUCCCAAGUGGGCCCGGGAGAAGAUUGUCAAUGGCAUCCAGCUGGGGAUCCACUUGUACGCCCAUGGCGUGUUCCUGAUCAUGACCCGUCCAUCAGCCGCCAACAAGAACUUCCCGUACCACGUGCGCACGUCGCAGAUCGCUUCUGCCGCUUCUGCCGGAGCCCCGGGGUCAGGAGGGAGCCAGUCGGCAGACAAGGCCUUCCCGCAGCACGUCUAUGGGAACGUGACGUUCAUCAGCGACUCGGUGCCCAACUUCACGGAGCUCUUCUCCAUCCCCCCGCCCGCCUCCUCCGUAAGCCCCGCGCCGCUGGUGCCCCAGACGGCUGCGCCGCACACCGGCUUCACCGAGUACUUCAGCAUGCACACGGCCGGGGGCACCGCCCCCUGCCCCGAGCGGCGCCGGAUUCCGGGCUCCCGCUGUUCCGUGACCUCCGGCCCCCUGGCCCCCUUCGACACCUCUGACCCCGCUGGACUCCGGAACACCCAUGACGACUGCCGGGACCCUGCUUGUGACGCUCCAGGACUCCACGACCCCGAGCCAUUGCUCUGUGGACGGAUAUCGGCCAUCCAUGGGUCUAUAGAGCCCGCCGCUUCCGAGCGGGUCUACAGCGGCCGUUUCCUUGGCCGGAACUGCAUCCGCUGGACCUCCCUGGUCCACAAGCCCAUGCUACGCCUGUAG